UUCGGCGGCAGCCGCGGGGCCGGUCCUGCCGGCGGCAUGAAGCCUGCGGCGGGGCGAAGCGAGCCCCCAUCGCCAUGGCCAAGGAGCGGCCGCUCUGGCGGCGCCUGACCUUCCGCCUCUGCUUGCUCUCGGCCGCGCUCGUCCUCUGCCUGCAGCUGGGUGUGAGGCGAACCUGGUGUCCGGAGGAGAAGCCGCCGGUGGCGGAGGCAGCGGCGGGGCGGGCGGCUCCGCUGUCCCGCGGCACGGAGCAGCAGCCGCCGCCGCCGGCGGGCAGGCGGCGAGUCACCUACGUACGGAACGGGCGGCGGGGCAGCGCUGCGCCCCGCUGCUGCUCCCCGCAGCUCCCCGGGGGCCGCCGCAGGAAGACCGUAAGGUGGCACAUUGAACUGCAGCCAUGGGCAAGUCCAACUCCUUCCCUCAACUAUGAGGCCCUGAGGUUCCUGAAGUACAUUAGCACUUCUCAGAUUUCCUGCGAACACUUGAACCUGAACAGCCUGGGAGGGUACUCUGAGCCCACAAAGAAGCCCUGGUCGGUCUGUCUUGACGAGAGGUUCAGCCUCAUUCAUCGGAUCAGAAGCAAGCAAUGUCGUCUCUACUCCCUUGGGCUAGGCAAUGAUGACAACCAGUUUGAGAUCAACAUGGCCAACAGUGGAUGUGAGGUGCAUCGUUUUGACCCCAGCAUCAAGUCAGCACACAUCCAGGAGGGUCAGCACCUCUGGUAUCAUCGCCUGUCCAUUGACUGGAGGGAUCCCAAUCCAGCCAUCGCUGCUCACAAGCCCCACAGCAGCACAAAGAAGCUGGGCACAGUACUGAAUGAAUUUGGACAUCAUAAGAUCGAUGUCCUCAAGGCAGAUGUGGAGAGCGCUGAGUGGAAGAUCUUGGAAAACCUGCUGCUGGAGGACGUUGUGGAGCAGAUAGGGCAGCUGGUGUUUGAGGUGCACGUCCACUGGCCUGGCUUUGAGGUCAGCGGCAACGACAGCAGCGUGGUGCGGUACUGGUACAGCCUGCUCCGAGAGCUGGAGCUGAAGGACUUCAGGCUUUUCCAUACCUACAAAGACUUGUCAAAACCACAGAUGUUCCUCAAAAAGGAAGCCUUCAACGCUAGUAGCUGUUACAGGCUGAGCUGGGUAAACACAAGAUGGAAAUAGCAGAGAGGGAUUUAUGGGCUGUGACUGUGAGCCAUCUGGCCCCGCGGCGCCGCUCGGGAGGACUUGGCCACCGCUGGCUGGGCUUGCGCAGCCUGCACACAGACUGCCAGCCAGGUGCACUGGCUUGUGCUGCCUGUGCUGCUGAAAGAGCUGCCUCUGGAGGAUCCCUGCUGCAAUGCACUGGCCAGUGGGUGCACUGACAGAGGCUUCUGGAGAAGGUUGUCUGGGGUGGGGCUAACAGCACGGCUUUACCAGGCUGCCCUCUGCCUCUGGGUGCUGAGGUGGAGGCCAUCCCUGUGGGGCUGCCCUGGGAAAGCAUGAAAAUAGGGGCCCUAGUACCAUGCAGGUUGUUCCUCCUGAUUAGUCUCAGGGUAAUUAGCCUAGCAGCUUAUUGUAAUUUAGGCAAGCAGUAAAUAAGGGUUGAAAACCAAAUGACAUGAUCUCUCACAGAUGGUAACAUUCCAAAGGGCUGCACAUCUUCCAUCACUGAUUGCCCUGAAUUAAAAAUGGUGAUGUAAAUGUGAGUUCUAGAACUGCUGUAGAGGCUGAUCCUGGUUCUUCUUCCCCUGCUUGGUAGAAUCUCAGCUCAUCUCUUGCUCAGGAUUGCCAGGCAGUGUCAGGAGCAGCUCAGGCUGCAGCAAAUACAUCUUCUGGAAGAAAAUAUUCCAAUAACUAUGGUAAUUUUAAAGGAAACCUUAUCUGUGAUACAUGGUAGAUAAAAGCCAUUUAUCAUUCUCGAGGCAGUUAUGUGAUACUAUGGGAGAAAAUGAACAGCUCUUAUUUUAUGCACUAUCUGUGCCUCUCCCCUGCACAUCUCUUCAGGCAGACUUGCAGCCUCCCUUCCUGAGGUCUUGCUUUUGUGCCCUUACCACUUUUCUACUGCUCUUUUUCACCUAAAGCAGAGACACUGUAAUGAAUUCAGUUCCCAUCUCCUGAAGGCUGAGCUGCU